GUCGUCCUACCUGUCUCUGGACAGUAUAUCCGCAAGAUUGGGCCGGAGAACAACACAGGGGUCGGAAGGACACGCUUGGAGGCCCAGAAGCUGCCUCAGGCAUGGCGGGCGAAUCACAGCCGUUGAUCGACGCUGAUACCAAGAUCAAGGUCAGCUCGACGCUCGAUAAAAGUGUCGGAAAGAAGUGCCUCACUGAUGGCAGCCCCGAGACAUGCUGGACGUCACAACAGGGCACCCCGCAGUACAUUCAGCUAUCCUUCCUUUCACCCGUAAUCCCGAAGCGAGUGGAACUCACCUUCCAGGGCGGCUUCGUAGGAACGAGAUGUUCCGUGGAAGUGCUACUAGUAGGAGCAGAGAAAGGGCAAUGGCGAAACUGGACACGCGUGUUCCCCGAGGACGUGAACAGGAAACAGACCUUCGACCUCGCACCCUCGGAACCGGACCUCGCAGACCGCAGUAUAGAGAGCCUGAAGUUGGUGUUCGAGGAGAGCUCGGACUUCUUCGGGAGAGUGACCGUAUACGAUCUACAAGUUUGGGGCGUAGCCGUGUCGUAGAGAGAAAGAGCAGGACAAUAUUGC